AUGGCAUCAAACACGUUUCCAUCAACAACACAACUGACAGACUGUCGGUUUUUCUAUAACGGUAGCUGUAAAAAUGAGGCUACAAAUAAUAAUGCUAAAAAAUGUAAUUUUCGUCAUUGUGAGAUUGCAAAACAAACAGAAAACAAAUGUUUACAAUGGCCAAAUGAAUGCAAAAAUGUCGAUUGCAACUACCGUCAUCCAGCAGAAAAGAAACAGAAUAUUGUUACACAACCACAACCAGGUGGAUUGAUCACUUUUUUUUGGGACAUCGAAAACUGUCCAGUACCAAGAGAUUGCGAUGCAUUUGAGGUAAUACAACGUGUACGAGAUCUGUUUGUUCAUAAAUCUGGACUCCGGGAAGACGCUUUCAACUGCUAUUACGAUACGAAAAUGAUAUCUGACUUUAUGCGACAGCAUUUAAUGCUUGGGAAUGUUAAUACGAUCGAUGUACCACAGUUCAAUAAAGCCGGUGCAGCUCUUCAUCUACAAAGACAUUAA